AUUUCAGCUAGCUCUUGAUAUGCUAUUGCCUCUCCUUACUUCAGCCGCUGAUCUCGCGCAACGCAUCCCAGUUUCAUUCAUUCUUUAUUCCAUGUAUACUCCUUAUCCGAUUUCUCAGAUCCUAGGAUGCAUCUGGUCACUUCAAGUCUCUUCCUCCCUUCACUCGUCGCCUACUUGUCUCCUCGGGCACAAGUCCUACUUCUCCGCGCAUACCUCUCAAGCGCUAUUGCAUGGUUCGUGGUAAUCGGCCGAUCCUCCCUGAAUUUCAGAUCCUUUUUUGAGUCGACACCCGCGGUGCCGAACCCUCCAAACAGCCCCGCUGUUCCGCCAGUUGAACUAGAUGGGGCAGAGGAACUUGACGGCUCGAUGUUCGUCCGAGCAGCCGUGUUGACCGCAGAUUACAUGGGAUGGGUGAGGGAGGGAGAAGAGGCGAGAAUGUGGAGUUUGAAAGGGUUUCAUAUGUAAACAAUGAGGAAGAUUGGAGCAAUGGCUGUUAGUUCGAAACAAGGAUGGGGUUUAGCUCAAGAUAAAUCUUAUUGACACUCCUUGAGGUGUAAUGUCUGAUGGACACGGAACAGAAGGAACCUAGUGAUGUAUUACAACCC